GGGGUCCGCCGGCGUCGCUGGCCUCCUCGCACGCAGCUUGCCUUUUCCUUCCUGCCUGGUUCCUGCCUUCCUGCCUUCCUUCCUUCCUCCGGCCCCGUAAAGAUGGACCCCCGGCGCCUCUAACAAAGACCCCGCCAGGCACCCCGCCCGCCCAGCUUUCGCCGCUGCCGCCGCCUCGGCUGCCGCUCCUGCUCCUCUUCCAGCUCCUGCUCGCCCGGGGUUUGCUGGUCUGCCGGGGAAGUGGGGUGCUUGGCGCGUCUGCGUCCCGGGGAACCCCUUUUGUCUCCGACCGCAGCGCCCCCCCUCCGCACCCAUGCCUUGCUGAGACGCUGCGAAGCCCACCCGGGGGGGGCGGGUGGGGGAAGGACCCCCUUCUGCAGCAUGGGAGCCCCCACCUUCCCCCCCACUGGCCCGUCGCUAGGACCCGUCUUGGGCUGAGGAUUGAAUCCUUUUCCCUGUCGGGGAAGAAAAGUUGAGAACACCCCAAGAUCUGCCUUGCCUCGCUUGCCGUUUUCAAGGCAAGCCUCCCUUAGGCCUCCCUUUGCACCCUGUUUAUUCCUCCCCCCCCCACUCACACCUUGCAGAUCUAAACCCCUAAACUUUACUUCCGCACUUAUCCGGGCAUCUUUUUUCCAAUCUGUUGCCCCUCUUGUUGCGUAGAAGUAAGGGGGUGGUGGUUCUUUGAUAUCUCCAGAUUUAAUCACAUAUUCCUGUAGCCUAACAGGGCUGGUUGCCAAGAGAGUUGCUUUCUCUGCACCCCCUUUUUAUUGGGUCUGCCCCUCCCCCCUUUUGAUUGUUGAGAAACUUUCCCCAAAGUGUACAAGUGAGUUAAGGUUGAUUCAGAUGGCAGCUGUUCUGUUAUAGUUAUACCACAUCCUCAUUUGAGGUUUUCCAUUCUGUUGGAAGGGGAUAUUUUUGCAAUUUUGGGCGUUUCGGGUCACCGAACCCCCUUCUAAUAUUUUGCUGGGAAUACCGCAGCAUUUUCACACCUCACUAGAAAGGCAAUAGACCUCGUACUCCAAUUCGUGAAGUGCUCUUCCUAAACUUACUUCCAUUUCUCUUGCUCUAAUCUAGAGAGUGCCUCCCUUGCAUAGCUUGUAUUUCCUAACGUGUGGAUAAGAUUCCCAAAUUUUUUUUAGGCCUCUUGAUAUUUCAGUACAGCCCAGGAUAUCCAUCAUCUUGGUUAUAUGGUGAGAUAAAACCUCAGUGCUCUGUUCUCUGUUUAAUAUUUUUUAAAAUUAACGUAAUCCCAGAAAUCCUGUUUAAAUGUCUUAUGGUUACACAGAGCUCACCUAUUAAGAGAAAAAUGUUAUACAACAUUUCUGCUCUUUUCCUAUAGAUUGUCAAGGCUUUACAUCUAUUCUUAAUCAUUCUCCCCUUUUAUGUUUAAUGUAAGUACAAUAUUCCAAAUUUUUCUGUGCAUUCUGGAGAAAACGCACCUUCUUAGAAAUCUUCCCUGAUGCCCCCCACAUCAGAGAUUUGGUUAGAGAACUGAUUUUCAUCAGUUGCUCUGUCGCCCCCCCCCACUUUCAGCCAGGGUGAAUACAGUCCCUGAAACAUAUCAAACUGUCCCAGAAUAUUUUACCCUUUAUUGUAAUAAUCAUUUUAAAUUUAAAAUAAGCCAAGAUACCUCUUUAAAGAUUUUUUUAAACCUUAAAGGAGAAAAAAUACUACUUGUAUAAAAACACUCCUUCGUUGGAGCGCACAAUUUUGCAUGCAUUUAUUUUGCUUGUGAGAUUUGCCCUAAUAAGCCAGGUAUUUUCUGCUCAAUAUUCCCGAGCCUCCUUUUUGCAAACCACAAUUGAUUUCAAUUCCAGAGGGCUGUUUUGCGCCUCUCCCAAUCUUCUUGUCCAAAAUUAGUGUCUCUCACAUACCCCUGUCCUAAUUUGUCUGAUGGCUUUCCAAGACCCUAACCAUCCGCUUCAAGCUCAGCUUUGUAGCAAUGUUUUUGGGGCAUUGACGGGGUUAAUCCAGCCACCUUUUGCUGCUGGGCUAGGUGGGGGGCAGAAAUAUUAUUGCAAUAAUGGGGUACAGAUAGCUCCCCCCCAGCAACAGCAGACAACACUUGGCAGUGCGAUGAUGGUGGACCCAGAACCAGAUCGACCCAUCGGUUAUGGUGCUUUUGGUGUGGUAUGGUCUGUGACAGACCCUCGGGAUGGGUCACGAGUUGCACUCAAAAAGAUGCCCAAUGUUUUCCAGAACUUGGUCUCUUGCAAACGGGUCUUCAGAGAAUUGAGAAUGCUCUGUUACUUCAAACAUGACAAUGUCCUCUCAGCACUGGAUAUCCUCCAACCUCCACAGAUUGACUGUUUUGAGGAAAUUUAUGUUAUCACUGAAUUGAUGCAAAGUGACCUUCACAAAGUCAUAGUUUCUCCGCAACCACUCAGCUCUGAUCAUAUCAAGGUCUUUUUGUAUCAGAUCCUCAGGGGGCUAAAAUAUUUGCACUCUGCUGGUGUCCUUCAUCGGGACAUCAAGCCUGGGAAUUUGCUGGUCAACAGCAACUGUGUCCUCAAGAUCUGUGAUUUUGGUUUGGCCCGGGUAGAGGAGCCAGAUGAGUCCCAGCACAUGACUCAAGAGGUGGUUACUCAAUAUUACCGGGCCCCUGAAAUCCUGAUGGGCAGCAGGCAUUACGGACGUCCAAUUGACAUUUGGUCCGUGGGCUGCAUUUUCGCCGAACUCCUUGGCAGGCGUAUCCUCUUUCAGGCCCAGAGCCCAAUUCAGCAGUUGGACCUGAUUACAGAUCUCCUGGGGACUCCUCCCAUUGGUGCCCUCCGUUCAGCCUGUGAGGGGGCCCGGGCCCACAUCCUGCGUGGCAGUCACAAGCCGCCAUCGUUGUCUGUCCUUUACAUGCUCUCUGGAGAAGCCACCCACGAAGCUGUGCAUUUGCUCUGCCGGAUGUUGGUCUUUGAUCCAGCCAAGCGGAUCUCGGCCAAGGAUGCCCUUUCUCAUCCUUACUUAGAUGAAGGGCGACUGAGAUACCACACCUGUAUGUGCACUUGCUGCUUUUCGGUCUCCUCCGGCCGCAUUUACACCAGUGACUUUGAACCCCGGGCCGACCCCAAAUUUGACGGCUCUUAUGAAAAGAACCUUGCUUCUGUCUGGCAGGUCAAAGAACUGGUGCACAGGUUUAUCUUGGAACAGCAGCAUGGGAAACGGGUCCCACUCUGCAUCAACCCCCAGUCAGCUGCCUUCAAAACCUUCAUCCGCUCCACAGCAUGGCAUUCUUCCAAGGUGUCCAGAAAGGAAGAGAGAUGAAGCUGCCCCUUGGAUGGUCAUGACGGAAAAAGAAAAGAAAGACCGAAGAAAAGGGACAGAGGACACAAAGGGAUGGCAUUGCUGCUGGCAGCGGAGAGAUGAAAAGAAGAGGGAAACGCUGCCCUUCAUCCUGCACUCUUGAAUAUUUUGACUUAUGGCCAGACAUUUGGGAAAGGGGGUGUCUGGGUCGUUAUUAUAUUAUUAUUAUUAUUAUUAUUUGAAAGUGGAGAAGUUGGGGGAAGGGAUUUUUUUUCCCCACUGAUGGGUGUCUUUUCCCUUCCCCCGUUCCUGUACUGCACUGGAAAACUCUGGGUUGUGGGCACUGUCUUUGUGAGUUCUUUCUCUUCUCCCUAGCUCUGCACCAAUAUUUUCCUUUCCCUAUACACAUGGGGUCUUACCUGGCUUCCUCCCAAAAGAGAUGGCCAGGUUGGAAUGAAGAGAAGUAGUGUUCUUGAAAUGAGGGGUGUCUGUUCUUUCUGGCUGGGGAAUUCUGGAAGCUGAAGUCUAACAUCUUAAAGCAGACAAGGCUAAACACUGCCUUAGGCUAAGGAUGGAUGUGUUUCCCUUCAAAUCGCUUUCCCCUUAAAAGUUUUCCCAGACAGGGAUAGGUGGGAGAAAUAGAUAAGCUCAAUUUUUCGAAUCUACAACGGGGUUCACACAUUUCCUGCAACCAAGGGUUUUGUUUUGAGGACUUGUCUUUGGUCUCCAGGAGCUUCUGGGAAACCUGUACAACAUCCGUGUGGCUUCCUCAAACCUGUCCUGUAUAGCUGGGGGGGGGGGGACACAACUUUGAGUAGAAAGAGCACACCAA